AUGGGUCCCCCAAAGAAGUUCAAAAAAUAUGAUUCAAGAACAGGAAGUGAUAGAUCAGGUAAAAAGAAGAAAGUAGAAGAAGAAGUGACCAUAGAUUUGGUGGAUGAUGACAAUACUGAGAAUGUGGGAGUACCUGGUGCUGCCAUGCAAGAUGCUGAGAAAAACGACCAAGUGCCAGAAGAUGAAUUCGGUGCCAAAGAUUAUAGAAACCAAAUGCAACUGAAAACAGAUAAUGCCAGUCGGCCAUUGUGGGUGGCACCUAAUGGUCACAUAUUCUUAGAAGCAUUCUCACCUGUCUAUAAACAUGCUCAUGAUUUUCUCAUUGCUAUUGCUGAACCUGUGUGCCGGCCACAACACAUACAUGAGUACAAACUUACAGCUUACAGUUUAUAUGCUGCAGUGUCAGUGGGUUUGCAAACAGUGGACAUUAUUGAGUAUCUACAGAGGCUUAGCAAGUGCUCCGUACCAGCAGGCAUUAUAGAAUUUAUACAGCUUUGUACACUAUCCUAUGGCAAAGUGAAACUUGUGCUAAAACAUAACAGAUAUCUCGUGGAGAGUAAACAUGUGGAAGUUCUCCAAAAACUACUGCGGGACCCUGUAAUUCAGCAAUGUAGGCUGAGACGCGACGGCGAUGACGACUUCUUGUCUUCGGCACUGCCCGAUAAACCAGCAAUGUCUCUUAAACCUGGUGAAACAAGCGACAAACCGCCGGCAGCUAACGGCGCGGUACCAGAUGACAUCAGCCAGUUCUAUCAGCAGUUGGACAAAGACGAUGACGAGGACGAAGCCACCGACAUCACUGCCAAUACUGCCGUUGCUUUUGAAGUCGACCCUGAUAAAAUUGAGGUGAUACAAAAACGUUGCAUCGAGCUUGAACACCCAUUGUUAGCGGAAUAUGACUUCCGUAAUGACACUAUCAACCCUGACAUCAAUAUAGAUUUGAAGCCCACCGCCGUGCUGCGCCCCUACCAAGAGAAAAGUCUCCGGAAAAUGUUCGGAAAUGGUCGUGCGCGGUCGGGUGUGAUAGUGCUGCCCUGCGGCGCGGGCAAGUCGCUGGUGGGGGUGACGGCGGUGUGCACGGUCCGCAAGAGGGCGCUGGUGCUCUGUAACUCGGGCGUGUCCGUCGAGCAGUGGAAGCAACAGUUCAAGUGCUGGUCCACGGCUGACGACAGUAUGAUCUGCAGAUUUACGUCAGAAGCGAAAGACAAGCCGAUGGGUGCAGGUAUCCUGAUUACAACGUAUUCUAUGAUCACGCAUGGACAGCGACGCUCGUGGGAGGCCGAGCAGACCAUGAAGUGGCUGCAGGCGCAGGAGUGGGGACUCGUGGUUCUCGACGAGGUGCAUACUAUACCCGCCAAGAUGUUCCGAAGAGUACUCACCAUCGUGCACUCACAUGCUAAGCUUGGUUUGACUGCCACAUUACUUCGAGAAGACGACAAAAUCGCAGAUCUGAACUUCUUAAUUGGGCCAAAGUUGUACGAAGCGAACUGGUUGGAGCUACAAGCGAAUGGGUAUAUUGCGCGAGUGCAGUGCGCUGAGGUGUGGUGUCCCAUGACGCCGGAGUUCUACAGGGAAUAUCUUGUACAAAAAAUAAAUAAGAAAAUGUUGCUGUAUGUAAUGAAUCCUUCAAAAUUCCGCGCGUGUCAGUUCUUGGUGAGGUAUCACGAACGACGCGGCGACAAGACUAUUGUGUUCUCCGACAAUGUAUUUGCCCUUCGACAUUACGCCGUCAAAAUGAAUAAGCCAUAUAUCUACGGACCCACGUCACAGAGCGAGAGAAUACAGAUAUUGCAGAAUUUCAAAUUCAACCCUAAAGUGAAUACGAUUUUUGUCAGUAAAGUUGCUGACACUAGUUUUGAUUUACCUGAAGCAAAUGUUUUGAUUCAAAUCUCGUCUCACGGUGGUUCACGGCGACAGGAAGCCCAACGAUUAGGUCGUAUAUUGAGAGCAAAGAAAGGUGCAUUGGCGGAAGAAUAUAACGCAUUCUUCUACACACUGGUGUCCCAAGACACAUUAGAAAUGGCUUACAGCCGUAAAAGACAGCGGUUUCUCGUCAAUCAAGGUUACAGCUACAAGGUCAUCACGGAACUAAAGGGAAUGGAUCAGGAACCUGACCUACUGUAUGGUACACGAGAGGAGCAAGGUCUCCUAUUACAACAGGUGCUGGCUGCGUCUGAGACGGAGUGCGAGGAGGAGCGCGAGGGCGGCGUGGGGGGCGCGGGGUCGGGCGUGGCGCGCCGCGCGGGGGCGCUGUCGUCGCUGGCGGGCGCAGACGACGCGCUCUACUUCGAGCACCGCCGCAACGCCAACGCACAGAAACACCCGCUCUUCAAGAAGUUCCGAUACUAA